CACCCCCUGGAGUGAGAACCAUGUGAGGGACGUUACUGGGGCACAGGUCGGCCGUUCCCAGGAUGGAUCAGAGGAGGACCUGCCCUUGGGCACUGCGCUCCGAUGGCGAUGGCAGGUCAGCAUCUCUGCUCUGCCUCCUCCUGGCGUCGCUUUCCUGGAGUGCAUCCAGCAGCACCUCAUUCAGCACUUUCCGUUCUGAGCACCGGGAUUGGACUUUCAACCACCUGACCGUCCACCAGAGCACCGGGGCCGUUUACGUCGGAGCCAUCAAUAGGGUUUACAAGCUUUCGGGUAACUUGACCAUUUUAGUAGCUCACAAAACCGGUCCCGAGGAGGACAACAAAUCCUGCUACCCUCCCCUCAUCGUGCAGCCCUGCAGUGAGGUGCUGACCCUCACCAACAACGUCAACAAGCUGCUGAUCAUUGACUACUCCGAGAACCGGCUGCUGGCCUGUGGCAGCCUGUACCAAGGAGUGUGCAAGCUGCUGCGCCUGGACGACCUGUUCAUCCUGGUGGAGCCCUCGCACAAGAAGGAGCAUUACCUGUCCAGUGUCAACAAGACAGGCACCAUGUAUGGCGUCAUCGUGCGCUCCGAGGGCGAGGAUGGGAAGCUCUUCAUUGGGACAGCGGUGGAUGGGAAGCAGGAUUAUUUCCCCACGCUCUCCAGCCGGAAGCUUCCCCGCGAUCCAGAGUCGUCGGCGAUGUUGGAUUAUGAGCUCCACAGUGACUUUGUCUCGUCCCUCAUCAAAAUCCCCUCGGACACCUUGGCCCUCAUUUCGCACUUUGAUAUCUUCUACAUCUACGGCUUUGCCAGUGGCAAUUUCGUCUAUUUUUUGACUGUCCAACCAGAGACCCCGGAGGGCAUCUCCAACUCUGCCAGUGACCUCUUCUACACAUCCCGCAUCGUCCGGCUCUGCAAAGAUGACCCCAAAUUCCACUCCUACGUCUCUCUGCCCUUCGGCUGCGUCAGGGGGGACACGGAGUACCGCCUGCUGCAGGCAGCCUACCUGUCGAAGCCAGGGGAUGUGCUGGCCAAAUCCCUCAAUAUCACAGCCCAGGAGGAUGUCCUCUUUGCCAUUUUCUCCAAGGGACAGAAGCAGUACCAUCAGCCGCCGGAUGACUCCGCGCUCUGUGUUUUCCCAAUUCGUGCUGUCAAUGCCCAGAUCAAGGACCGGCUGCAGUCUUGCUACCAGGGGGAGGGCAACCUGGAGCUCAACUGGCUGCUGGGGAAGGAUGUCCAGUGCACCAAAGCGCCUGUUCCAAUCGAUGACAAUUUCUGUGGGCUCGACAUCAACCAGCCCCUGGGUGGCUCAGUGCCAGUGGAUGGUGUGACACUCUUCACCUCCAGCCGGGACCGGAUGACUUCUGUUGCUUCAUACAUCUACAAUGGCUACAGCGUGGUGUUCGUGGGGACUAAAAAUGGCAAAGUGAAGAAGAUCCGAGCAGAUGGCCCUCCCCAUGGUGGAAUUCAGUAUGAGGUGGUGACAGUUUUCAAGGACGGGAGCCCGGUGCUCCGGGACAUGGCUUUCUCCAUUGACCACAAGUUCCUGUACGUGAUGUCGGAGCGGCAGGUGUCCCGUGUGCCCGUGGAGUCCUGUGAGCAGUACACGACCUGUGCAGAGUGCCUGAGCUCGGGGGACCCGCACUGCGGCUGGUGCACGCUGCACCACACGUGCUCCCCACGGGACAGCUGUGAGAGGGCUGACGAGCCACACCGCUUUGCCGACAGCAUCAGGCAGUGCAUGAGCAUCAUGGUGCAGCCCAGCAGCAUCUCCGUGUCGCAGCACAGCCUGCCGCUCAGCCUGCUGGUGAGCGAUGCCCCGGACCUGGCAGCUGGUGUCACCUGCCUCUUUGGGAACCUGACAGAAGUAGAGGGUCAGGUGGUGGGCAGCCGAGUUGUGUGCGUCUCACCGGCUGCGAGGGAUGUCCCAGCCAUACCCGUGGAUCAAGACUGGUUCGGUGUGGUGCUGCAGCUGAAAUCACAGGAGACGGGAAGAACAUUCGUCAGCACGGAGUUCAAGUUCUACAACUGCAGUGCCCACCAGCUGUGCCUCUCCUGUGUGAACAGUGCAUUCCGCUGCCACUGGUGCAAGUACCGCAACCUGUGCACCCACGAUCCCACCACCUGCUCCUUCCAGGAGGGACGGAUCAACAUCUCAGAGGACUGCCCCCAGCUCUUCCCCACCGAGGAGAUCCUGAUCCCGGUUGGAGAAGUGAAACCCAUCACUUUGAAAGCCCGGAAUCUUCCACAACCUCAAUCUGGCCAACGUGGUUACGAAUGUGUGCUGAGCAUCCAGGGCGUCAUCCACCGCGUGCCCGCGCUGCGCUUCAACAGCUCCAGCGUGCAGUGCCAGAACAGCUCGUAUCUCUACGAUGGGAUGGACAUCAGCAACUUACCAGUGGACUUUGCUGUGGUGUGGAAUGGGAACUUUGUCAUUGACAACCCGGAGGAUGUGAAAGUGCACCUUUACAAGUGCGCAGCACAGCGUGAGAGCUGCGGGCUCUGCCUGAAGGCUGACCCCAAAUUUGAGUGUGGGUGGUGCAGCGGGGAGGGCAGGUGCACCCUACGGCCCCAUUGCAGCCCCCAGCCCUGGCUCGACUGGUCCAGCAGGAACGUCAAAUGCUCCAACCCACGCAUCACUGAGAUCCUGACGGUGUCGGGACCCCCAGAAGGAGGCACCAGAGUGACCAUCCGUGGCAUCAACCUGGGCCUGGACUUCUCAGAGAUUGCCCGUGGUGUGCAGGUGGCAGGAGUGCCGUGUGCUCCUCUGCCGGAGCAGUACAUCAUCGCCGAGCAGAUCGUCUGUGAGAUGGGGCAGGCACUCCCUGGGAUCAGCUCUGGCCCAGUGCUUCUGUGCAUCGGAGAGUGCAAGCCUGAGUUCACAGCCAAGUCGGUGCAGCACUACACAUUUGUGACACCAACUGUGAGCUUCCUGAGCCCCAGCCGUGGCCCUGAGUCAGGUGGGACGCUGGUGACCAUCACAGGGCAGCACCUGGGUGCUGGCAGCCACGUCUCCGUGCUCCUGGGCAACCAGAGCUGCGCCUUUCAGGGGCGAUCCAUGAGUGAGAUUGUGUGCCUGUCAGCACCCUCAGCACACGGCCUGGGGUCCGUCCACGUCUCUGUGAGCGUUGACCGUGCUCAGCUCGAGCAGACGCUGCUGUUUGAAUACAUUGAUGACCCCAAAGUGCAGAACAUUGAGCCUGAGUGGAGCAUCGCCAGUGGGCACACGCCUCUGACCAUCACUGGCUCCAACCUGGACAUCAUCCAAGAGCCGCGCAUCCGCGUCAAGCACAACGGCAGGGAGUCCAUCAAUGUAUGUGUGGUGCUGAAUGCCACAGCACUGAGCUGCCUUGCACCUGCCCUGGCCCCCGAGCCCCGGCCCACCAUGGAUGCCGUCGAGCGACCCGAUGAGUUUGGUUUCAUCUUCAACAACGUGCAGUCCCUGCGGGUCUACAAUGACACCAAGUUCAUCUACUACCCCAACCCCACCUUUGAGCCCCUGAGCUCCAGUGGGAUGCUGGAGCAGAAGCCGGGGUCACCCAUCAUCCUGAAGGGCAAAAACCUGUGCCCGCCUGCUUCUGGAGGAGCCAAACUCAACUACACAGUGCUGGUUGGAGAGACGCCCUGCACCGUCACCGUGUCUGAAACACAGCUGCUGUGUGAGCCACCGACCCUCAGCGGGCAGCACAAAGUGACGGUGCGUGUCGGCGGCAUCAUCUUCUCCCCCGGUUCGGUGAGCAUCACCUCUGACAGCCUGCUGACCCUGCCAGCCAUCGUCAGCAUCGCGGCCGGCGGCAGCCUGCUCCUCAUCAUCGUCAUCAUCGUGCUCAUCGCCUACAAGCGCAAGUCCCGGGAGAACGACCUGACCCUCAAGAGGCUGCAGAUGCAGAUGGACAACCUGGAGUCCCGAGUGGCACUGGAGUGCAAAGAGGCUUUUGCAGAGCUGCAGACAGACAUCAAUGAGUUAACCAGUGACCUGGACCGUUCUGGCAUCCCAUACCUCGACUACCGGACGUAUGCCAUGAGGGUCCUCUUCCCUGGCAUUGAGGAUCACCCCGUUCUGCGGGAGCUGGAGGUCCAAGGGAACGGGCAGCAGAGCGUGGAGAAAGCCCUGAAGCUCUUCGCUCAGCUGAUCAACAACAAAGUCUUCCUGCUGACCUUCAUCCGCACGCUGGAGCUGCAGCGCAGCUUCUCCAUGCGCGACCGCGGCAACGUGGCCUCGCUCAUCAUGACGGGGCUGCAGGGCCGGCUGGAAUACGCCACCGAUGUGCUGAAGCAGCUGCUGUCCGACCUCAUCGAGAAGAACCUGGAGAACAAGAACCACCCCAAGCUGCUGCUGCGCAGGACUGAGUCGGUGGCUGAGAAGAUGCUGACGAAUUGGUUUGCUUUCCUCCUCCACAAAUUUCUCAAGGAAUGUGCCGGAGAGCCACUCUUCAUGCUGUACUGUGCCAUCAAGCAGCAGAUGGAGAAGGGCCCAAUUGAUGCCAUCACGGGGGAAGCCCGCUAUUCGCUCAGCGAGGACAAGCUGAUCCGGCAGCAGAUUGAGUACAAGACCCUGAUCUUGAACUGUGUGAAUCCAGACAACGAGAACAGUCCAGAGAUCCCUGUGAAGGUGCUGAACUGUGAUACCAUCACCCAGGUCAAAGAGAAAAUCCUUGAUGCGGUGUACAAGAACGUCCCCUAUUCCCAGCGACCGAGAGCUGUUGACAUGGAUUUGGAGUGGCGGCAGGGCCGCAUCGCACGCGUGGUGCUGCAGGAUGAAGACAUCACCACCAAGAUUGAAGGCGACUGGAAGCGACUGAACACCUUGCUGCACUACCAGGUGUCAGACCGCUCUGUUGUGGCUCUUGUCCCCAAGCAGACCUCCUCCUACAACAUCCCUGCCUCCGCCAGCAUCUCCCGCACAUCCAUCAGCAGAUAUGAUUCCACCUUCCGUUACACUGGCAGCCCUGACAGCCUGCGCUCCCGAGCCCCCAUGAUCACCCCAGACCUGGAGAGUGGUGUCAAAGUCUGGCACCUGGUGAAAAACCACGACCAUGGUGACCAGAAGGAGGGGGACCGGGGCAGCAAGAUGGUGUCCGAGAUCUACCUGACAAGGCUGCUGGCUACAAAGGGCACGCUGCAGAAGUUUGUGGAUGACCUCUUUGAGACGCUGUUCAGCACGGUGCACCGCGGCAGCGCGCUCCCCUUGGCCAUCAAGUACAUGUUUGACUUCCUGGACGAGCAGGCAGAUAAGCACGGCAUCCACGACACAGAUGUACGGCACACCUGGAAGAGCAAUUGCCUCCCUCUCCGCUUCUGGGUGAACGUGAUCAAAAACCCGCAGUUCGUCUUUGACAUCCACAAAGGCAGCAUCACGGAUGCCUGCCUCUCGGUUGUGGCUCAGACCUUCAUGGACUCAUGCUCCACCUCCGAGCACCGCCUGGGCAAGGAUUCCCCAUCCAACAAGCUGCUGUACGCCAAGGACAUCCCCAGUUACAAGAGCUGGGUGGAGAGGUAUUAUGCAGACAUUGCCAAGCUGCCAGCCAUCAGCGACCAGGACAUGAAUGCAUACCUGGCUGAGCAGUCACGUCUGCAUUCAGCUGAGUUCAACAUGCUGAGCGCACUCAACGAGAUCUAUUCCUACGUCAGCAAAUACAGCGAGGAGCUCAUUGGGGCUUUGGAGCAGGACGAACAGGCACGGAGGCAGCGUCUGGCAUACAAAGUAGAGCAACUCAUUGGUGCCAUGUCCAUCGAGAGCUGAAGGAAGGCUGCAGUGCGCACGGACAGCGAGGGGCAAGAGCAUGGCACGGAUGCCUGGGGAUUCAGAGGGAGAACAAGCAGAAAGGCACUGCACACCCCAACAACCACCCUCAUCAAGGGGAGCAGGGAUGGCCCAGGGCCUGGCUGCGCUCAAAAUCACAUGGGAUCUGGUUUGAAAAGGCAGGAAGAUCAAGAGACAAAGCACCGCAAUCAGCGUUAACUCGAGGUGGAUGGCUUCUGGUAUUCAUGGAAAGGUAGAACCUGCAACGUCUGGAUGUGUCCAUGGCUGCUGCUUUGCAUGAAAAUCGUCUGAUGUAUAUUAGGAAAUAAAACUUUAUUUAAAGGUGUUUUUGGAAAAAAAAAAAAAAAAAGGAAAAAAAAAAUAGAAUCAGAACAAAAUCCACAAGCCACAGAGAUUACCUUGGCAGCCAGGUUCGGUCCUGGUCCCAUCCUCGCCAUGCCCUGAGGAUGUGCUCAGGCAUCUGCAAAUGGUCUGUUACACCAACUGGAAAGUCUGGAAGACAGCAGUCUUAUUGGGAUCUUACAAAAAAUAUGAGCACAAGUUUGCACCACACCUGUCCACACAAGCAAGAUAGCAGCUUAGCCAGAAAUAGUUCACUGGCUGAGUAACUUGUAGGCACUAGAAGGAAAUUGUUGUGAAUUGCAAAACCAUCCAAUCAUCCAACUUGUCUUGAAAUCCAGCUUUAUCUAUGUAUUUAUACGGUGUCUAUAUAUAUAUAUAUAUUUUAAAUCUCAUUUACUGUUGAAUGCAGAAGGAUCCUGUUGAAGCGCGGUGCUCUUGCAGCCAUGGCAGGAGGAGAGCGGAGCUGUCUGUGGUUUUUGCAGUAAAACCAACCCCAAACCCAAUGUUUACAGUGAGCAAUACUUGAAAUGCCGAGCUGUGGCAAGAUGCUGUUUAUUAUUCUCUGUUUGACUUCGGACCAGAGAAGCACGGGAUCGUAGGUGAUGUCACCCACGGGGCAGGCCCAUGGCUUUCAUUUCCGUGAAGGAAGGGAAAGAAAUCUCUGCUCUAGACAAGGGAAACCCAUAGGCAGCGCUGUCAGUGCCAGCUGCUGUCCGUGUGUCUGUCCAAGCAUCUUGUCCUUACCUUCCGUUCUUCGCUGGCCCAAUGGCACGUCUUCUUGUGGCCAGGCAGAUGUCUGUGAGUGUUAUUUCUUUAAAAGACACCAAAGCUUAUGUGUCCCUUUGUAGAGUGCCAGGAUGGGAAGGAGCUCUGUAAAUAUUCCCCUCUGUAAUAAAUGCUGAUAUCUGCGCAGGCUGCGACAGGGAGGACAGGGCCGUUGGACCUGAUGGGGAGAGAGGCAUCAACCAUGGGAGCUGACAGCAGCAGAGUCCCUCCUCAGACUGCUUCUUCCCAGAUGCCAAGGAGAAGCACGCUGGAUGCUUGGGAUAUUUGAGCACGAUGCUGUGGAGCUGCACCAUAAGUCACCAGGUGGGGUGGUCUGGACCUCGGUCUGCUGCGUGCAGCAAAAGAGAAGCAAUUUCUGUGAGCACCAGGAGUGAGGUGGCUCUUGUUGAGGGGAUGAGGUCCCAGGGCCAGCAGGAGGAGCUGACACGCAUCCAAACAUCUCAGGAAACUCAGUGUUGUAAUGACCCUUUGCUGAAAGCCAUGCUGAGCCCACUUGCUUCUGUGCAUUUUUCUGGGUCAGUUGGUAGUGUGGAGGAAGAUCUGGUGGUCAGCCUCAUGCAGCACAGUCUGAGUUGUGUGAUGAGAGGCUCUGAGAUGGGAGAGCUGUGCAGAGAGAGGCGUAGGAAGGAUGUAUGUUGUUGUAGUCAUUGCUUUGAGUAUUGAUGUUCAGACUGUUCACCAAAUCCUUAUGGUACUCUGGAACACUCAAAAUGGUUUUCAAACACUUCUGAAUAUUGAUCUAAAUAGUUAUUUCUGUGGGACUGAUAAAAUACGACUAUACCCAAAGCAAAGACCUGGAUGCUGCUGGCUGUGCUGCCAUGCAGCCUGCAUUUUGCUUACUGCCCAUCUCUCCAUGAGGCUUUUGCACAGCCAGGUCCCUGUCUCCUGGCCAAGCUGCGUGGAGCUGAGGAGAACAGGGAAACCAAGAGGAGCUCAUUGCAGAACAGUGGGGUACUGAGGUCUGAGUGGUUUCCACGGAAGACAGCAGGAAUAGCUCUUCAUCCAUCACCGUGGAGGCAUCAGGAGGAUGGCGUAGAAGCAGCACGGUGCUGACUGGAAGGAGUGGUCUGUAGAUAAACCACCGAGCAUCUACUUGUGAUGGUAGCCAUGAAUUAUGGAUCUUCAUGGUCAGUUACAUGGGAUGAAGCAACAUAUCCCCUCGGGGCAAAGAACUUGUAAUCUAUUGCCCUGCUUGCAUCCAACUCUUCGGUUACUCUUUGAAGAGGAAACUGAAAAGCUCCAAGGGGCAUUUCCUCUGCACUGCAGCAAAUGGACUCAAGGUUUGGUCAGGAGGGGCAGUGACUUUGCCUUAGAUGAAAUGAUUUCACCUCUGUCUCGUGGCCCCUUCCUCCUGCGGGGCUGUUGGUGUUGUGGUUCUCCAGUUCACUUCGUUUCAGGUAUUUUGACAUCAAAGUGGGAGACGUCACUUUCUGGAAUCUCUCUGCCUGAUGUCAAUGCUUAAAUAAUUCCAUUUAAUCUUCUGCUCAUGUACUAUCAAAGCACCCACUCCAAGGGGGAGCAAGGUGCUAAUCAAAUGCUUCUCCACCUUGAAAGCCUUUAUUAAAAGCCCAUAUACCAGAGUCUAACUUACAGGCAAGCUCGUCUCUGCAGGAGCCCUGCUGUGGAAUACCCAGCACCGUGCAGAGGUGCAGUCCCCUCCAUGCCAUAAGGGAUGGAUUUAUGCUUAAAGGAGGGCAGGACACAUCAAAACAGCUGGGUUGCUGUGGACUCCCUGGGGCCUUCAGCGGGGAUGGGACACACGGUGCUGGGACACGUGGGGUUGGCAGGCGCAGCUGCCCGGCGCGGAGCCACCAGAGACCUCCAUCACAGCAGUGCCUUCAACACUCUGUCUUAACAAUGGCCCGGUCCUGUAGAAAUUACCCACCCUGCCUUGAAAUGGACCUCACCAAAAACAUCGUAACGUACCCAGCAGUUUGGGUGAGCACAGGGAAGCCAAUAGCAAGAGGACGUAAUGCUCUCUGUUUGUGUUCUGUGUGAUGCUGACCUCAGUGCAAGUCCUUGCUGUCGGUCCAAGGCUCAGAGCACUGAGCUGCCCACUGCUCCAGUGCAAUCCUGGGAUGCUCCAGUGCCUCCAGCCCUCACCCAGCCCUACUCCUGCUUGCUGGUCUCUCUCCACUCCAUUCCCAGUGCUCAGCUCAAAAUGGACCGAGUGGAGCAAGAGAGGGCAUCGUGAGGACUCAUGAGUGGCCGUACCUUGGAGAAAAGAAAAAAGUGUUUGGGGAUGGUUAAGUAAUUGAUAUCAAAGAUGCGCUAAAAUGCCACAAAAUUUGCCAUCCAGUUUGGGAAUGGCGUUCGUGCCACAGUUUGUGAACCGUUGAGGCAGGGAGCUGCUGCCCUGCCUGUGGAUGCGUGCUGGGUGAGCUGGGAGAGCCAUGGAUGUGUCCUUGGUGAGAGCCCCGUUUUGCCCCGUGCUGUCCUGCUCUCACGUAGGCAGGACUUUAUUUUAACUGGACAUUGGAUGGGAAAAUAAUGAGAUUAAGGAUGUUGGUGUACGCUGUGAAGAAGAUGCGUUCUGGAUCCGCUGGGCUGAGCAAAGCUGAACGCACGAUUUCGGUGUGGUUUGGGUUUAGAGGGGAAGAGGAUGGAAGUCCUCAGAGGGAUUUUCUCCUCGUGGAAGGCGCUGCUCAAAGCACAUGGCACCAUGGGUUGGCACAGGGUGGCACAGGGUGGCAGGUGUUGUGGCCAUGCUGUGGGCACGGCAGUGUCUGUGUGCUUGUUCUUGUCCCCGUGUCACCCCCUUCUCCUUCUUCCUUUCUGAAAGUGGAAUAUAAUAAUGACAAAACGUGUCUUCCUGCAGCAUCUGAUCUGCAGGGUCCAUCCAUUGCAUGGACAGUGCCCCAAACUCUGGGCCUCCAAAGGGGAGGGAACACACAGGUACUAAAACUUCUGGGAUCCCCAGAAACGAGGCCCCAUAAUGUCAUAGAAUGUAGAGGUAUCGAUCGUGGAACAGAUUUUUAUGUUUUUCUGCCCCGCUCCUUACAGUAAAUGAUGCCAUUUCUAGGGGUUGUGUGUUGGCAGGAAUAACGAAUGGAUUUGUAUCCGUACCCAUUCCACCUUAUUGUUCUCUGGUUCCUCCCCUCCCAUUAUACUUGACACACUGGAGUUCUGUAUUAUAUAUUUUUUUUUAAGAUGAUUGUCUGUUUGUUUGGUUUAUUUUUUGGUUGUUGUUUUUAUAAGUGCUGUGGAAAAAUAAAAAAAAAAAAUGUAAGAAAGUUUAAGUAUUUAAAAAUGUUCCAAGGAAAAAGGGGGUUUUGUUAUUAUUCUAAUAUAUUAUUGUGUACCUAUUGUAAAUAUGAAACACUCCUAUUUUGCAAGCCAAGGACUCACUUUGUACUGUUGU